CAGCGCGAGGAACCGCCCUCCCCGCUCAUGUAGAGAUAAAAUCUCCUGCUCCUUUCGGCUCCUUCCACGCGGACUGUUAUGAACAGCGCAGAACGUGUCUGCGCGCGCGCUCCAAGCCCGUCUCCAAUGGUCUGAUCCGGCUCCGUCUCCACCAGCACCAUGUCCACCGGCUCCCUCAGCGACGUCGACGACGAGCUUCUGGACGGCAUCCUCAAGUUCGGCAAAGACUCCAACGAGAGCGCCGAGGAGGAGGAAGAGGAGGAGGAGGAGAGCUCCAACUGCGAGGGCGCGUGCGCCACCGAGGACAGCAGGAGGACGAGGAGGAGGAGGAGGAGAAGGGACGCGGCGCCCGGCGCCAAGAAGCGGAGGACCGCCGCCUCCUCCGGCGCCUCCAGGAAGGCCGCAAGCAAAGGUGGGGCGCCGCAGGAGGGCAAGCAGGUGCAGAGGAACGCGGCCAACGCGCGGGAGCGAGCACGGAUGCGCGUGCUGUCCAAGGCCUUCUCGCGCCUCAAGACGUCGCUGCCCUGGGUACCAGCCGACACCAAGCUGUCCAAGCUGGACACGCUGCGCCUCGCCUCCAGCUACAUCGCGCAUCUUCGCCAGAUUCUGGCCAACGACAAAUACGAAACUGGAUUUAUUCACCCCGUUAACCUGACGUGGCCUUUCAUGGUGGCGGGAAAACCAGAGGGCGAGCUGAAGGAGAUGCUGAACGCAACACGGCUGUGCGGAACAACAGCGUCAUGAUGCCAAAAAACAAACAAAAAAAACUAUUUUUUACUGUUUUUUUAAGGAUUUCCAAACAAAAAAAAAAGAUAUUUUUUGACUGAAGGCUCAUCUCUGCAGGCUGAGUGGGAAUAACAGAGACUUCAUGCUCUCUAUGUUCCUGUAUUACUAAAAAAAAAAAAAAAAAGAAGAGUUAAAUUUAUUUAAAUGCAUAUUUUCCACCUGCUGUCUUUGCUGGUUCAAAGAUAAAUGUUUUCCCACUGCUUUUUUGUUCCUGCAGGUGUUUGGGUGGACGUUGCUGUACAGUUUUGCAUAUAAAAACAGAUAUUUGUAUCACUUUUAAACUCUUGUGCACUGAUUUAAAAAAAAAACUAAUAUUAUUUUA